GAAGCUGUCGUUCGGAUAACUGCAGAGAUUCCGUUGAGUCACAGCUUAGCACGUUUAUUGUUCGUAGUAUCUAUUGUAUUAUUAUUACGGUCUUAUCAGUUUAAGUUGCUAGGAAGACGUUACCAAUUUUUUUUUUUAUAGUUGGGGUUAGUUUUUAUCUUAUCUCAGUCAUUAUUAUAUUAUUAUUAUUAUUAUUAUUAUUAUUAUUUUAUUAUUAUUAUUAUGAUUAUUAUGCCUGUCCGGAGGUGGCUGUUGCUGCUCCCGCUGGUUCUUCUCUUACCUGCCGGAGUUCGGACCGACUUGGCUUGCCCGGCCGCCCCGCUAAACGCGCUCAACUUCACCGAGAUACAGCAGCAACCUGUCGGCAGGGUGACAGGUGACGCCGGGUCGUUAGCUCUCCUGUACCGCUUCGUGAAGUCGUUCCUAGGCUGCGUGCAGCCCAACCCCUUUCCCGAAGAACCCCUACGGAAACUGCUGGCUAACGAGGGUGUCGACCUCACAAAGGUGGCUCGUUACGAAGCUGGUUACAUCGUGUGUGCUCUGCUCGGCCUGCUCUUCCUCUUCCUCGUGCCCCUGGUGGGCGCGGUCUUCGCGUGCUGUCGCUGCUGCGGACGGUGUGGGGGCAGGGCCAGCAAGGACAGCCAGACUCUGCGUUGCCAGCGCAAUGCCAUGAUCACCUUCCUCACCAUGACAACCAUCUUCAUCCUUGCAGGGAUGGUUCUGGCUUUCACUGCUAACGAGAAGGUGACGAAGGCAGUGGAGCCCUCUCUCGCGUCACUGAACUCAACUCUGGAGGAUCUCAAGAACUUCAUUAACUCCCUGCCUCAGGUCAGUGUCAUGGCGGGCUCCUUCCACUAG